AGUCCCCUUUGUUUUCAUCGCCAUGGUACAGUCAGCGGGCAAUAUGGCGCUGGGCAGAUUUAGUAAAUGUUGUCGGUCGUUACUACAUGAGCCCUCUAAAGGAGGAUUUUGUCGUGUUUUACAGCCAGGCUGGACUGAACGUUGUGCAGGAGCAAAAAGGCAUCUGUUGUCAGAAGAUGUUAUCAAACUACAAGACUUUCAGCAGAGGAAGCUUGCAGUGGCGCACCUUGUCACUGGAUCGAAAGGGAAUUAUAUUGAGCUGUUCAAUCAGAAGCUACAGAGGAACGAGCUGAUACUGCGAGAUGAGCUGAAGCUACUCCUUCAUUUGUGCCAGUCUGCAGAUGACAUGAUGAUAGCCAGAGAUGCCAUGUAUAGGUAUCAUGCAGAGAACCAGAAUUUGGCAUUUGGAGAGUUCAAGUUUGGUCCUGUCUUCAUGAGACUCUGUUAUGAGCUGGGUCUGGAGGAGAUGGCUGCUGCUACGCUUACUGAUAAGACUAUGAGAGGAUUUUUCAACGACGCCACCUCCUUCAACAUCGCCAUAGACAUGUUAUUCACAAAAGGCUCUCAUGAAAUUGCUCUGGAGGUGCUGAGAACCAUGAGGAAACAAGGCGUACCGUUCAAUAAGGACACAUUGAUCCUGGCAGCUGGCACCUGCUAUAAACUGAACACACCUGAGUCCUACAGGAUCUGCACUGCUCUCUUAGAGGAGGGUCAGACCAAAGGGCACUUUAUCCCCAGACAUGCUUACUGCUUUGCCGUGGCGUUAGCGCUUCGACAGAAUGACAUUGAAAACGCACGGUCGUUGUAUUCACAAAUAAUGAGCACAGACAGCAGAUUAUGCCAAAAUUUGAAGGUCGUACUAUUAGCAAUGUCCGGAGCAGUGACAGGCGCCGUUUCCAUCCUGUCUGAAGCUUUUUUGUCUAAAAGUCCUUCUUUUGUGAAGAAGCCUGAAUUUUCUCAGGAGGUGGUGGAUCUGCUGCGUUUGCGAAGUGAGGAUGGACCACACAUGACGAGAGUGGAGCAGAUAGUGUCUCAGCUUGAGCGAGCUGGUCAGGUGAUUCAGCAGACCCUCGAUGACAUGCUGUGCUACACACCAACAGGGAAAAGGAAACCAGCGCCAAUAACGGAGGAGAGGAGGAUCAGCCGAAGGACUCUGACACCACUACAGUCCACUCUGCUGUCAGAGUGAGGCACCCUGCCUUAACCCCGUCCCUCAAAACUAGUGUUAUAUGUGGCUGAAAAGUGUUAGUAAACCCUCGCUCUGGCUAUAGUUGAUUUUGUCCCAGUUAUCUACCUCUCCUUUAAGACAGACACAUUCAUCCCUCUACAGACUGAACUUUAGUCUCAUAUUUUAGUUGUCCCUAUCUUGUUGCAAAUGGUCACAGUACAUUUUUGCCUGGUACGUACCUACACUAAACAGAAAACUGCUGAAAUGAAGUUUGAGGAAAGACCAUCUUAAUGGGUAUAAAUAUUCCUGUAAGGAUCACAUGUGGAUGACAUGAAUGAAUUGGAAAAAUGUGAUGUGUACGUGAAAGUGUGAAUGAUUAAAGAUGAAUAAGAUAUUUUAAGAAAGA